AUGAUCACAAAGGCGAGUUUUAUGAUCCUCAUAUCCACCUUGAUAGUAGUGGUCAGCUCGCUCCCCGGUUGGGGUGCCGAUGAAAUCAGCAACAAGGAACAGUCCGCUGACCGGCUUGUGUUCGCGCACUUCAUGAUUGGAAUCACGAGUGAUAGAAGGAGUGCUUAUGACUACGAUGACGAUAUGAAGCGGGCGAGCUCGCUCGGAAUCGAUGCAUUUGCAUUAAAUAUUGGUGUAGACCCCUACACUGAUCAACAGCUACAGUUUGCAUACGCGUCUGCCUCUCGAAAUUCUAUGAAAGUGUUCUUGUCCUUUGACUUUAAUUGGUGGCACACGGCGCAAGUAAACGAAAUUGGUCAAAAGAUCACUCAAUAUGCCAGCCUACCAGCUCAGCUCAUGGUGGAGAACAAGAUUUUUGUCUCCUCAUUUGCCGGUGACGAAUUGAAUGUUGCUGCCCUUCGAGCUGCAGUAGGCAAGCCAAUAUUCUUCGCACCUAAUUUUCACCCAUCCUAUGGGACUGACAUAUCUACUGUGGACGGUCUUCUGAACUGGAUGGCAUGGCCAAACAAUGGCCAAAAUAAAGCUCCUACUCCCGGUCACAAUAUAUCUGUCGCAGAUGGCGACCGGGAAUAUGUCAAUGCGCUGGGUGGAAAAGCAUAUGUUGCACCCGCAUCGCCUUGGUUCUUCACUCAUUUUGGCCCCGAAGUAUCCUAUAGCAAGAACUGGGCUUUUCCGUCUGACCUUCUAUGGUAUGAUCGAUGGAAUGAAAUUCUGACUUUAGGACCUCGCUUCGUUGAAAUCGUGACAUGGAAUGACUACGGCGAAUCUCACUACAUCGGGCCUCUUCAGUCUCCCCAUACAGACGACGGUGCCUCUAAAUGGGUCAAUGACAUGCCCCAUGAUGGAUGGCUUGAUAUUUCUAAGCCCUUUAUUGCGGCAUUCAAAGACGGUGCGUCUUCAGUAAACAGCUAUAUCAAAUCCGAUGAGCUCAUCUACUGGUAUCGACCGGCUCCACGAAAUGUCAACUGUGACUCGACAGACACCUGUAUGGUUCCCGCAAAUAACGCGAGUGGGAACUAUUUCUUUGGUCGACCCAACGGCUGGGACUCCAUGGAAGAUUCAGUCUUUGUGGUGUCUUUGCUGACGGCCCCCGCUUCCAUUAAUGUCAACAGUGGAGGCACAGUUUACACUUACGAUGCUCCAAGUGGAGCAUCCGCCAAAGCUAUCCCUAUGAACGUAGGUGUCCAAAGCUUCUCCGUCUCUCGCAAUGGGGCGAACAUUCUAUCUGGAACUAGCUUGAAGCCUAUCAUUGAUGGCUGCGUGUGCGGUCUAUACAACUUCAAUGCAUACGACUUGCGAAGCAUCACCAUCGCUAGGGACGGUGCCUCCUACUGCAAGUAUCACCUCAACUACAACUAUUUCUACCUCUACCAUAUCUACCAUAUCUACCACAUCUACCACCACGAGCACAAUCACUAG